AUGGAAUCUCACCAACAUAGAGGAAAUCUUAGGGAGUUAUAUCUUGGAAAUAACAACUUUGAUGGCCAACUUGAGUUCUUAUCCUUUAACAGAAUCUGGACACAACUUGAAUUCUUAGAUUUUUCAUCCAAUUUCCUAACAGGUCCAAUUCCUUUUAAUGUAAGCGGAAUGCAAAACCUACAAAUUCUCUUCUUGUCAUCAAACCACUUGAAUGAGACUAUACCAUCAUGGAUAUUCUCCCUCCCUUCACUAUGGCAGUUAGAGUUGAGUGAUAACCAUUUCAGUGGAAACAUUCAGGAGUUCAAGUCUAAAACAUUGAGUCGAGUUUCUCUAAAACAAAAUCAGCUGCAAGGUCCUAUUCCAAAGUCACUCCUAAACCAGCGUGAUCUAUACUAUCUUCUCUUUUCGCACAAUAAUCUCAGUGGACAGAUCGCUUCAACCAUAUGCAAUCUGAAAACACUACGAGUGCUAGAUUUGGGCAGCAAUAAUUUGGAGGGAACAAUACCACUAUGUUUGGGUGAGAUGAGUGAACUUUGGGUUUUGGAUUUAAGCAGCAAUAAUCUUAGCGGGACAAUUAAUACUACUUUUAGUAUAGGAAAUCAACUUAUAGUCAUUAAAUUUGACGGGAAUAAGCUAGAGGGGAAAGUUCCGCAAUCUUUGAUCAAUUGCAUGGGUUUGGAAGUUCUUGAUUUAGAUCUCUCAUCCAAUGGAUUUAGUGGAGAUUUACCAGUGAGCCUUUUUGAGUAUUUUGAAGCCAUGAAAAUAAUUAGUGAGAGCAGUGGAACCCGAGAGUAUGUAGCAGAUAUAUCUUCAUUUUAUUACACAAAUUCCUUUAUAGUGACGACAAAGGGACUGGAUCUUGAGCUUCCUCAAGUUUUGACUACAGAAAUAAUUAUCGAUCUCUCAAGGAAUAGAUUUGAAGGUCAUAUCCCAAGCAUUAUUGGAGAUCUCAUUGGGCUUCGCACGUUGAACUUAUCGCAUAAUCACUUGGAAGGUAUUAUACCAGCAUCACUUCACCAGUUAUCUGUAAUUGAAUCAUUGGAUCUCUCAUCCAACAAAAUCAGCGGAGAAAUUCCACAACAACUUGCAUCCCUCACAUCACUUGAAGUCUUAAAUCUAUCUCACAAUUAUCUUGUCGGAUGCAUCCCCAAAGGAAAACAAUUUGAUACGUUUGAGAAUAGUUCAUACCAAGGGAAUGAUGGGUUACGUGGAUUGCCACUCUCAAAAGAUUGUGGUGGUGAUGAAGGGGUACCACAAGUGACAACUCAAGUUGGGCUAGAUGAAGGAGAAGAAGUAGAUUCAGCAAUAAUAAGUUGGCAGGCGGUUCUCAUGGGUUACGGUUGUGGACUUGUUAUUGGACUGUCCAUAAUAUACAUAAUGUUGUCAACUCAAUAUCCAGCAUGGUUUUCAAGGAUGGAUGUAGAAUUGGAACACAAAAUUCUUACGAGAAUGAAAAAGCAAAAGAAAAGACAUUAG